CUAGAUCUUUUAUAUACUUUACCACUUUUGGGCUAAUUAAAUCAGUGUAGACCGGUAGAAAUGUAUAACUAAGUCAAGACAUAGUUGAUGGAACUGGAAAAACAGAAAUAACUAUAAUAUGGAUUAUUAUUUGUUCAAAUACCCGACAUUAUUUGUGUUCGUCUUGUUUUGGGGGAUCGACUUGGCGGCGUUUAAAGCAGUUCAACCCGCAGCCGUUGGCUUGUAUGGAACUGAAGAUAAUGUGACAAUAUUGACGGCAUCAAGUUUUGAAGAAACUGUUUUUGACAGUCCUUAUAUUUGGAUAAUUGAAUUUUAUUCAUCAUGGUGUGGUCACUGUCAAGAAUUUGCUCCAACUUUCAAGGCAUUUGCAAAAGAUAUUGCAGAAUGGCAGAAUAUAAUUCGUAUUGGAGUUUUAGACUGCCCAGAUGAAGAUAAUCGAAAAUUAUGUCUCAAAAUGGAAAUCAGAGGUUACCCUGAAAUGAGGAUUUUUCAUCCACAUUCAAAUACAAGUAAUUCUGGAGAAGUGAUCGAUGCAAGGUCAAUUGAAAAUCUUCGGAACGUUUCUGUAAAAAAUAUCGAGAAGGAUCUUGACAGUGUAUCAUGGAGUCUUGAAGGAAUACCAAAGCCAACAUUCGACUUUGCAUCGUUUGAAGACAUCAACCAGUUUUUAAAAGCCAAGUCAACUCCACACUAUCUUGCAGUCAUUAUAGAAGAAGAGUCAUCAUCUAUAGGCAAAGAGGUUAUUCUCGACAUUUCAUCUUGCAAAAAUAUAUCCGCUAGAAGAGUAAUUUCUGAUUCCAUUGCUGUUAAAGCAUUAACGGACAAAACUGGAGUAACGAUAAAUGAAUUUCCGACUGUUAUCUUGAUGUCAAAAGAUGGAAAAGCACAGGAGAUCACUGUGGAGCUACGAAGAAGAAGUUUUUACACAUAUAAAUUAAGAAACUUACCUGGUGUUGGUGACCCAAAAACCCUUCCUAAACAAGUUCUCCCUGUUGAAAAAGACAGAGGAAGUUACGUAGAUUGGAAAACUGUUGAUAGGAGUAAAGUUUAUAUUGCUGAUAUUGAAUCUGGUCUACGUUACGCUCUCACAAUCGAAAUUGGAUUACUGAAAGUACUAGAAGAUGAAACAUUAGAUGCAACUAAAAGUUUUGUCGGAACUAUAGCUUUACUAUCCGAACACAUUCCGAUGCAAGAAACAACCAAAAAUUUUCUCGUUAAACUAAUAUCAUGGCUUGCUGGCAAAGAGAAGGUCUAUCACAGAGAAUGGCAACAAAGAAUGGAAAUUGUUGAGGAUGACAGUUUUCUUCCCCAAUUAGAUCAGAGAUGGGUUGGUUGUGCUCCAAGUAAACCAGGAUUACGUGGAUACCCUUGCUCAUUGUGGACUUUGUUUCAUUCUUUAACUGUUGCAUCAUAUAAUGCUGAUGAACAAGAUACGGAGUCUGUACCAAGAGCCAUGGAAGCAUACAUCACCAAUUUUUUCAGUUGUGUUGAAUGUAGAAAAAAUUUUAUAAAAGAAAUUAUUGAUAGUCCUUAUGAAGACGGUCUAACAUCAAAUAAAGAUGUUGUACUGUGGUUGUGGGAACUUCACAAUAAAGUAAACAAGAGACUACAUGGAGCAAUAUCAGAAGAUCCGAAUAUACAGAAAGUACAAUUUCCUCCUGUGAAAUUUUGUUAUGAUUGUCAAAAUUCAGACGGAGAUUGGAACAGAGAUAAAGUAUUUGAGUAUCUUGUACAGAGAUACAGUGCUUCGCAAGUUUCAAGUGAAUUUUUGAAUACCAAACUUAUCGCUGAAAAGCCAAUCAUUCAAAAUAAGGGUCGAUCUCCUUCUGAUAUUCAUUGGGAUGAUGGAAAAGAUUUUGUUGAUGAAUAUUAUGCAGGAGAGAUUCGUGCUAAACUUGAAGAUCAUGAUUUUGAUACUGAAGAUGAUAAAAAUUAUGAUAUAAAGAAUGGAGAAGCAGGACAAGGCCAUCCUCAUCUUGUUAAAGAACUUUUACAAGCAAAAAAUAAAGAACAUCCUAUGGAUGUUUUGAUAGAGUUCGGUGGUAACAGAAUGGCUGAAAGGGACAUUAUAUUCGAAAAGGGCUGGCAUAAUACAAACCUCAGUGCUGGAUUCACGUACUUUGAAAAAAGUUUAUGUAUUGUCUUAUGGGGAACGUCUAUUAUAGCAGUAUCCUUAUUAUACAUUUAUAUGAGGCGACGCCAAAUGGCAAGGUAUUGCAAAGUUUGAGAACAUUAGCAAUAUCUUGCCAUAUUAUGCGUUAUUAUAAGGUUUCUUCUUGGGCCAAAAUGCUAUGAAUAUAGUUGUAUUUUUUUUACAACUCUGUAAGAGUUGCAUUGCAUAGUAGAAUAAUGAAAAUGCCUAGAUAGCAAUAUUUAAAAUCGGUAGUCAUAUGGAGAUCGUUGAGUACCACAACUCGUAAAACACCCAUGUAGCCCAGUGUAGAGGAGUCUCAAGUUAUCACAAACGCUAGUCCGACGGGGUGAAACAUUGGGCCUAGGCAACUUGUAGUAAGAAAGUUUAUUCAUUUUAGUAGAUACUGCCAUCUCACUGCGGAAUCUCUAUGUCCAAAACAAAGGCAGUAAUAUUAUAGCAAGCAAUCUUUACUGACCAAAAUUAUGCUGCUCUUUUAGUCAAAUUUUUCUUUCCUUAAAAUAUUGCAAAUGUAUCUUUGAAAUAUUGAGGUGGCAAACUUAAAAUAUAUGUAUAAUGUAUAUGGUAGAUAGCUCCCAUCCAUGACAUUUGUAGAAGAAUGUGGAAAAUAAAAUACAACCAACUGCUUUGAAAUAUGUUGCCUCGUCUAACUGCCAAUUUUUCUAUUGUAAAAUUAUUUGCACAAAAUGUAAUGUGCCUUAUCUAUUAUGUUGUAUGGUCGUUCCCAUGUGCAAUGUACAUCAAAGGGUACUGUUUUGUAUAAUAUCGCCAAAGCGCUCAAAAAAAGUUUACUUUUCUGUAUUGCAACAUCCUGUCGCUCCUACUUGAGAACUUAUUUUGUAUUAUCUUUAUUUGCCGAUUCUCUUUUAUUUUACAGAGUAUAUAUUAUGUUGAAUGCAAUUCUCAUGGUGUAAUUGCGAAUCCAUUGCAGUACAUGUUAUUUUUUCUUAUAAUUUUGAAGCUCAGUUUCGGUGGCGUUAUUGCAUUUUCUUUUUGAAUUGUCCUAUUUUUGUUUGUCACUACUUUGGUUUUUGAAGCUGCUGUUUUCCAAAUGUUGGAAGCAAUUUUGUAACGAUAACUGUGUGUAUAUUUUGCAUCGAAAGGACCUCAAUGUAUGAGGAUUGUGUGUUGUAAUUUCCGGAAAGAAUUUCAAGGUAUUUGCCUAAGAUUUUGUAGUUUAUAUUCUGCUCUCAAGCAACCUCGUUGUGUCAUUUCUACAUUUACCUGAAUAUAAGUAUUAUUGAAAGGGUGGAUCACGGUACUUAGUCUAUUCAAACUUUCAUCAUCUGAGGUCCCCUUUAAAACACUCCCAUAAUAUGCCUAAUACUUUUUCCGCCAGUUAUUUCAUACACCAAUAUUUGCUAGUAAUGCAUAUUAAAAGAAUAUAACAACAAAUCGGGUAAA